CUGUUCUUCAUUUCCCCUGCCUCUCCCUUCUUAUUAAAUUUAGAGGGAGAAGGCUUCCCCUCAGAAUCUCCCUCUCUCCUUUUAUGUAUCAGUAGUUUUCUCUUCUCCUUCUUCUCUUGCACAUCGGGUUCGGCCACUAACAACGCAAGGCUUUGAAGGGGGGAAAUUCAGACCCAAAUCCUCAUUUCCUUUCUGGGUUUCCCGAUUCCAUCCUAUGCUGGAAUUCCCCCCUUCCCUACCCUCCCUCAGGUGUGCUUCUUGGGCGUUGGAGUUCAAACCUUACAGCUGCUCUGCUUCCUGUACAUGAAGCCAUUGAAGAUAUAGCUUGAAACUUUUUUUUUUCUCUCGGAAUUUCCCGCAGUUAAAGGUUCCAAUUUGCGUGGUGACUUUUAGCUGCGGGUUUUAACGAAAAACAGAGGAGGAGAAGAAGGAAACAAAAACCAAUAAUGGGGGGCUGUGUUUCUUCAUCCGCUAAUAGAAGAGUGAGGCCAGAAGGAGAGAAGAGGCGGAGGAGAUUCUCGAGGCGUUCGGCCAAGAUCUCGAGCGCCAUCCCGGAUGUGCCUGCUCCGAUCAAGAGGCUGAGCAAUGCAGGAAUCGGCGAUUUCUCUUCGAUGAGUGAGUUCGUCCAACUCAAUUUCGAGAACGGCUCAGCCACUACUUGCAGGAGGUCUGAAGUCUCCAAUAAGAGUUUCCACGUCACCCAGCUCCAAUGGAACCAAUGCCACAUCGAUCAAAAUGGAAUUAGUCAGGAGGAAGUUUGGUUCGAUUCGGUCAGCUUCAUUGAAUCCGAUUCAGAUGACGACUACAUUAGCAUGCAUGAGGGUUUCCCGGGUUUUAGCAAUGCAAUGAGCCACAUGCCAAAUGCUCAGCUUCUCCAAGCAGCUUCAGGACUCAUGGACAACAAGUGCAAGUACGAAGGGUUCUACGAGAGCUACAUGAAGAUCGACGGGGAAGGCGAUGAGUUCGGGGAGAAGAGGAAAUCUACCGUCAUUAGGGUCGCCAUGAAGAGGACAUCCGUCGAUGGGGAGGCUGUUGCAAAAGGCUCAUCCACAGAGAAGAAGUGCUACAGACCACGAGCAGGAAAUUUGAUUGCGAGAGAAGAGAAGCCGAUCGCUGGUACAUGGUCCGAGGUCUCCCCUUCUGUGUUCAAGCUCCGCGGCGACAACUACUUCAGCAACAAGCAGAAGCAACCUGCUCCAGAGAUAAGCCCAUAUGUGCCAAUAGGGGUGGACUUAUUCAUGACUCCAAGAAAGGUGAGCCACAUUGCUCAACACCUGGACCUUCCACAGGUUCAGCCUCAUGACCAAGUUCCAUCCCUCCUCAUCGUCAACAUUCAGAUUCCGACAUAUCCUGUGGCAAUGUUCCAUGGCGACUGCGACGGGGAGGGCAUGAGCCUUGUCCUCUACUUCAAACUCUCUGAUAACUAUGACACAGAAGUCUCUCCACAUUUCAAGGAGACACUCAAGAAAUUUGUGGAGGAUGAAAUGGAGAAGGUGAAGGGGUUUGCCAAAGAAUCCACAGUUCCAUUCAGGGAAAGGCUGAAGCUCUUGGUAGGACUUGUAAAUCCUGAUGAUCUCAACUUGAGCUCCACUGAGAAGAAGCUCAUCCAUGCUUACAAUGAGAAGCCAGUUCUUUCUCGCCCGCAACACCAAUUCUUCAGCGGCCCCAACUACUUGGAAAUUGACCUGGAUAUUCAUCGAUUCAGCUACAUUUCGAGGAAAGGCUUAGAAUCAUUUAGGGACAGGCUGAAGCUUGGGAUUGCCAAUGUUGGCUUGACCAUCCAGGCACAAAAGCCAGAAGAACUGCCAGAGCAAGUACUCUGUUGUUUGAGGUUGAACAAGAUUGAUUUCGUUAACCGCGGCCAGAUUCCCACAUUGAUCACCAAGGAAGAUUGAGCUUGUGAGAAUAUGAACACAACCAGCUAGCAAGUCAGCUCGCUGCCUUAUGAAUAUUUACUGCUAGAAACUAUAAAGAGUGAAGGAGAGGAGAAGGUGUGUUUACCUUUUUUGCAGAAGCUGCGAUACAAAGUACAUAAAGGAAAGGAAAGAAAUUUGCAAUUCAAGGGAGCAAUCUUUUUUUAUACUUUUUUCUAUCAAAGUGAAUUCAUUUCUUCUCUGAUCUUUAUCUUAACCGCCCAACCAACUAUGUAAUCAUCUUCUGUUCCAUUCCAUGUUCUUUCCACCUUACAAACUACAGUUCCUUUGCAUUGCCCUUACUUUCCUACUUUAAGCUUUAACAUUUGUAAAUCUGAUGAUCAGCUGCUGCUAGAGAAUCGCUGUAGUGGGCGAUCGGCAGUGCUGAACGAAUUUCUGAGAGAGGGAGAGAAUAGAUGACACUUUACUGUUUGUAUCGAGUAGAGGAAAAACUAUAAAAAAAAUUGUCUAUGUUUUUCAUCAAUCAUUGUUGAUCUAGUGUUCGCCUCGCUUUCAUGGCUAAUGAAC